GCCAGUUCUCCUCACCCUCUCGGCCGUGGUUGAGCGUCUUUCCGCCUUGGAGGUGCUGAUUUCACACCGCUGUCCUGUCGUGGAAGGUCCGCUCUCUUUUUUUUUACUUUGCCGUGAGACAAACGCCCGAAGAUUCAACGAAAACUUUUUUCGAGACUUUUGGAUAUACUACUUCGAUGAAAACGUGGGCUAAAGCCGUUCUCCCGAGGACGAGGAGUCGAAGAAGGACUUUACGAACCUUCACCGUCGGCGACGAUGUCGGACAACUCCACUGAAUGGACUGAGAACAACACCCGGAUAGUUGUUGCGUUGGCCCACAACAGCUAUAAUUUUCCGGCUCUCAUAUUCGGGAUAUUACUGACAAUAGUUAUCACUGGCGGAAAUGUGCUCGUAUGUGUUAGUGUGUAUUUGGAAAAAGCGUUGAAAACGACAACAAACUAUUUUAUAGUCAGUUUGGCAUUUGCCGACCUACUUCUGGCCAUUCUCGUUUUGCCACUUUUUGUUUACACACAGUUUCAGGGUGGAGUGUGGACCUUGAACAUGGUGGUGUGUGAUGGGCUGAUGACCAUGGAUGUGAUGCUUUGCACUGCAUCCAUAUUUAACCUCUGUGCCAUCAGUGUGGACAGGUUCAUCGCCGUGUCCAUACCCCUGAACUACAACCGUAAACACGUGGACCACCGUCAGAUCGUGCUGCUGUCCGCCACAUGGCUCCUGGCCCUGGCCGUGGCCUCCCCCGUCAUGUUCGGCAUCAACCGCGUGCCCCGGCGCGACCCCAGCGAGUGCAAGCUUGAGGACGACAACUACGUCAUCUACUCCUCCGUCUGCUCCUUCUUCAUCCCCUGCCCCAUCAUGCUGCUGCUCUACUUCGCCAUGUUCCGGGGGCUGCGGCGCUGGGAGGAGUCCCGCAAGGCCAAGCUCAAGACCAGCAUCGAGGUGUGCCGGAAGCUGCAGCACGCCGCCGCCGCCGUCAACGCCGGCAGCGUGGCGGGCGCCCACGGCAACGGGCCGACCGUCAGGGGCACCAUCCCCGGCCCGCUCCCCAUGCCCCUGCCGCGCAUCAUCGAGAGGGACCUGGCCCAGACGCGGCUGGAGGAGAUGGAGGACUCCAUGGAGCCGGAGAUCCCUUACCCGCGGCAGUACCGGGAGAACUCUGUCCCGACUCUGACCUACCACCACCAGCACAGGAAGAAGAGGGCCAAGAUCAAUGGGCGCGAGCGGAAGGCCAUGAGGGUCCUCCCAGUUGUGGUGGGCUGCUUCCUCUUCUGCUGGACUCCCUUCUUUGUGGUGCACACGACCCGUGCCAUAUGCUCUACGUGUGACAUUCCCGCUAGUCUGAUGGACAUCGUCACGUGGCUGGGCUACGUGAACAGCGCGCUCAACCCCAUCAUCUACACCAUCUUCAACACCGAGUUCAGGAAGUUCUUUAAGAAGUUCCUGCAUGGCUUUUGCUGCCAUAAGAUCUCCCUCUUCCGUGGCUGAUGGAAAGUUUGCAGGGAUGCUGAUGACCCACGCCCCGCGAUUAUGUCCGUCGACCACCACGGCUGGGAUUUAUGAUUUGAUGCUUGAAUGGACCCUGUGGUUGGUUAACGGUGGAUAUAUGGUGGUGUAGGAUCUGUGCCCUUGGAGGGCCCAAGGCAUGUCGGAUCUCUUGCGAAGGCGUUGGAAAGGGCUUAGCCGAAGCUGCCCCGUGAAACAUCGGCCAAGAAAGGAAAGUCUUUAGGGGUCUAUCUGUAAUGUUUCUCAGUUCUGAAUAUUCUUGAAGUGUAUUCUGUAAUGUUUACAUUUAGCUUCGUCCCUGGGUG